CGGAGCGGGGCAGGCCGAGCAGUACUAUAUACAUGUGCUGCAGCGAUCCUGCAGAGCACAACACAUACGCCCAUCGCUGCCGCCGGAACCAUGGCGACGGAGUCGGAAGGGGACAUGAAGUUCCUCUGGAAGUGGCGCAAGUACCUGCUGCUGCUCGCCACGCUGGUCGCCAGCGUCACCUACGGCGCCGGCCUCAACCCGCCCGGCGGCGUGUGGUCCAAGGACCACGAUGGAGGCAACACCCCACAGCAGCGCGCCGGCGCCGUCCUGCCACCAGCGCCCCCGUCUCUUGCGGUGGCCCCGGCGCCGGCGGCCUACCCAUUCCGCGUCGGCGACCCCGUGCUCGUGCACACCUACGCGGACAGGUACACCGCCUUCUUCUACUGCAACGCGGCCGCCUUCGUCGCCUCCCUGGUCAUCAUCAUAUUCCUGCUGGACCGGCGUAUCAGCGGCAACCGUGUCGGCCUCACCGUGCUCCGCUCCGCCAUGCUGCUCGACCUGCUCGCGCUCAUGGCCGCCUUCGCCGCCGGCAGCUGCCGCAGCGUGGUUGGGUCCAUCUACGUCUCCGCGCUCUUCGCCCUCGUCUUCGCCUACGUCGCCAUACACGUCCGCUUGGAAAGGAGCAAGGAACCGGCAGACGAGAGCCACCUCAAGGAGCGCCGCAAGUUCCUGCUGCUGCUCGCCACCUUCGCCACGCCGCUGACAUACGGCGCCGGACUGGCGCCACCGGGAGGCUUCUGGAGCGAGACCGGGGCGGUGCACCGCGCCGGCGCCCCGCUGCUGCACGAUGGGCCAUACAAGAUCCGCUAUCACGCCUUCUUCUACGCCAACGCCAACUCCUUCGUCGCUUCUCUUGCCAUCAUCAUGCUGCUCACGAGCAGCACGCUGAGCGGCCGCCUCGCCAGGUCCUACGCGCUGCCGGUGUGUGUGCUGGUGGAGCUGCUGGGCCUCAUGGCCGCCUACGCCGCCGGCAGCUGCAGGUGGAUCACCACCACCGUGUACAUCGCCUGCCUUGUUGGCGCGGUGUUCCUGUACAUCCUGCUGCAGGCGGUCAUCGCAGGGUACGUCUCCGGCAUACACAAGGAAUGGACGCAGAGUAAUAAUCCAAAUAAUGAAGAAAAAGCAGUGCAAGAGGGAGGUGUGACCAGGAGACUCGAAAGCAACAAUGGGCAGCAGGGUGCGGAGAAGGUGGAAGAGUCACGGUCGCUCCUGCUGCUACUGGCGACACUGGCGGCGACGGUGACUUACCAGGCAGGCCUGAGCCCGCCGGGCGGCGUCUGGCCGGAAGGCCAUCUGGAUAGCAGUCACACUGCCGGAAACCCGGUGCUCCACGACAUUAACCCCAAGAGGUAUAAGGCUUUCUACCACUGCAACACGGCGGCGUUCGUGGCGUCGCUGGUAGUCAUCGUAAUUGUCCAGACCAAGGAGCUGAGCUCCGGCGCCGUCGUCAGACGCGCCGCGCUUAACACGGUCAUGAUACUGGACUUGUUCGGCCUCAUGGGCGCCUACGUUGCGGGGAGCUGCCGGGACGGCACAACCACCAUCUACGUUGCCUCCCUAGCCGUCGCCAUCUUCGUCUACUCCAUCGCCAAGGUCGUGGCGUUCUCGGCUAAGGGCAAGCACAGCAAGCUGACGCGUUGCGUGCAAAGCAUGUGCGAUAACCUUGCACGAUUGCUCCGCCUCACCUCCGACGUGUCAUCGCAGCAAUGGAAAGGGGGACAAGCUCAAGGAGCGGUGCAUGUUCCUACUGCUGCUGAUCACCUUCAAGGUGAGCUCGACUUGGAGUCCAAGAGUAAGCAUAUUCUUGAAGGUCAAAAGCGUAGUCUUGAGAGGAAGCGCAAGUUCUUGCUGCAGCUCGCCAUACUCGCGGCCACUGUCACGUACCAAACCGGGUUGAACCCGCCAGGCGGCUUCUGGACGGAGAGCGACGGGGGAAAAUCGGUCACCGCCGGUGACCCAGUCCUCCUCGACCACUACAGGGUCAGGUACCAAGUGUUCUUUUACUGCAACGCGACGGGCUUCAUGGCAUCCGUCGCCGUCAUCCCGCUCCUGGUGAACCAGACACUGUCCAAGCAAGGCAUUCGGAGUCACGCACUCCAUGUCUGCAUCUUGGUUGGACUCCUGGGCCUCAUGGGGGCUUACGCCGCCGGCAGCUGCCGGAAGCUGCGAACCUCAAUCUAUGUCUUUGCGCUUGUGGCCGCGGUGGUCGCCUUCCUCCUCCUGCAAAUCCUACUUUAUGUGUUCGCGGACCGCGACCACUGGUUAGAUCGGCUGCCACGGCUUCCUUCGCGGGUGAAGGUGCUAUUCAAGCCGCUCUGGACAGGGCCGACCGGCUCAAGCAAGGACAAGAGCAAGGAGGAUAAACCGGAGAGCGAGAGGUACCUGAAGCGAAAGUGCUUUGAAGUCGAUGAUAAGGCCAGCCGCAAUGACAAGUUGACCAUUGCAUAGUUAAUGUUAUUAUUUUUUCACGGGUUCUGUUUGAUGUGGCAUGUAUAUAAGUGUUGCAUGUAACUUUUGAAUAAUUCAAUUCAAUUGCUCUAUUUUUCUA